AUGAGACACCUUCAGAGCAUCAACUAUCGCAAGGAACAUCUCAAUGACCAUUACUGGGUUUUAAAAACCAUCGGAAAAGGAGGCUUUUCCAGCGUGAAACUUGGCUGGCAUAAGCUAACACAAACCCAGGUUGCCGUCAAAAUAGUUGCCAAAAAUGACCCACACUUAUCCUAUGAUUCUUCUGAAGCCAGUAUUAUGAAAAGGUUGUGCCAUCAGAACAUCAUACGGCUGUACCACAUCUUAGAAGACUCUAGAAACAUCUAUUUCAUCCUAGAACAUGCAAUAAACGGCAACCUGAGAGAUUACAUCAAGGCUAAAAGUUACUUAAAGGAAGGGAAGGCCCGACAAUUUUUUUAUGAAAUAACUUGUGCUGUGCAAUACCUACAUGCACGGAACAUAAGCCACAGAGACCUCAAGCCUCGUAAUAUCUUAGUCGACGGCAGAGAAACCCUGAAAGUAUGUGACUUUGGGCUCAGCACUCAGUUUAGGCCCGGGCAGAAGUUCACUAAUUUCUGUGGCACAGUGCCCUUCACUGCCCCAGAGAUGUUCUACAAAGACGGCUAUGAUGGCACCGCUGUUGACAUGUGGAGCCUAGGAAUAAUCUUAUACAACAUGCUUGUGGGCAUAAUCCCCUUCCACAUCUUUAACAAUUCCCAGCAGUACAUAUGGCUUCUGCUUCCGAGCAACAUCACGGAAGAAGCCCAGGACCUGCUAAAUCAACUAUUGAUGCUGGAGUGGCAGAAGAGGGCUACCCUAGAUUAUGUCCUCCAGCAUCCUUGGCUGAACCACUCACACGAUGGCAACGGCAGGGAUGUAAAGGCCACUCUCCCCAAAUGCUCAUAUUCAGAGAUCGUGGCCACAAUGACUACCAUGGGCUACAAAGCCUGGAAAAUCCAGGACUCUCUGAGGAAGAGGAAGUUCGAUGACACCAUGGCCACGUACCUCAUUCUGUAUCAUCAGAUGCCCCAGGGCUUGGGCUCCAGCAGUGAUGGCAAACCAAGGUCUUCAGGCAAAGUGCCUUGCCUAGCCCUCUCAAAACCUCCCAUCACUGUGGCUAGGAGGAGGAAGGGCAGUGUCUCCAACCUUCAUUCUUUCACCCUCUUCCAGCAGGAGGAGGAGGACCAAAGUUCACAAGACCUGAGUGUGAAACAUGUCUCCUUGCCCGCUAUUCCCUUCUCCCACAUGGGCAGCCAGGCCGUUUCCAGGCUACCCUGUGAAAAUACUCCAGAGCCUGGGUCCUCCAUUGAGGGCAAUGUCGGCCAAUCCCACUUUGGAGACCUAUCCAGCCUGUCCCUUGGGACUCCCUCCAACAGUGACAACCGGGAAGACUCCGAUGCUGGGAGUGGCAGAGAGCGUACAUCCACCCACCCUCCAGAGGAGGAAAUCCCGGAACAAAAUAGUUCCAGGGCAGAGAACAGACAGCAACGACACCAGAGGGCCAGUGAUCGUGACCUGCAUUCUUUCACUCUUGUGCCCUUGGAAGAAGAGCAGGAGGAGGAGGAGAGCUCAGAGGACACGGGUGUGAGGAAUGUCUCCCUGCCCUCCAUUCCCCUCUACCACAUCGGCGGCAAGGCCAUUUCCAGACUAUCUCCAAGAGCGUUCAUAAGAAAGAGGGCCAGUGAUCGUGACCUGCAUUCUUUCACCCUUGUGCCCUUGGAAGAAGAGCAGGAGGAGGAGGAGAGCUCAGAGGACACGGGUGUGAGGAACGUCUCCCUGCCCUCCAUUCCCCUCUACCACAUCGGUGGCAAGGCCAUUUCCAGACUAUCUCCAAGAGCGUUCAUAAGAUUAUAUCAUGCCAUUGAAAAUCCCAACAACAUGCACCCCAAGCCAGCACCUGCAACUAAUGGCAACCUGAAAAAUUUCAAUACUGCCCAAAAGUACCUGAAAGUCAAGAAGGCUCAUAGACUGUUUUGUCAAAUCACAAUGCCCGUGGAAGAAGAGGAGGAGGAGGAGGAGGAGAGUUCAGAGGACAAGGUGCCCGUGGAAGAAGAGGAGGAGGAGGAGGAGGAGAGUUCAGAGGACAAGGGAGCCCGGCCACCUGCCAUCCACCUGCUGGAACACGGCCCUGAGGCUAUUCAGUCUCUGCUCCAGUGA